AAUCCGAUUAUUAGCUACUUUGCAUUACGAUACGGAAACUGUUCAUCAUCACAGCACGUUAACACUUUCUCUUCACUGACUGGGUCUAAAUAUCCAAAGAGCACUAACUAGAAUGCCAAGAGGGGGAGGAGCGGGCGGCAGAGGUGGUAAGAAGAGUCACAAGGGCCAACGGAGGCAUUUUACUGAUGAAGAUGAAUUGAGAGAACAAGCCCAGAAAGCAGAAAAAGAAAAAGCUUGGAGGCGACAACAAGGAAUUGAAAGUGACGAAGAAGAAGUGGUAGAAGAAAAGGAUGGAGUUGAAGCCGCAGCAAAAAACAGGGAUAUGCCUCCCUCAGAAUCUUCAGAGUCAGAAACAGGGAGCGAUGAUGAAGAGGAAAAGCCAAAAGGUGUUUCACAUUUAAUCGAUAUUGAAAAUCCAAAUAGAGCUGGUGGUAAAAGUUCAAAAAAAGUCACAGAAAUGGGAGAAUCUGGUGGCACUAAUCUUUCUAGGAGGGAAAGAGAAGAACUAGAAAAAAUUGAGGCUCGAAGGAGGUACCAGGCACUACAUUUGGCAGGGAAAACAGAGGAAGCACAAGCAGAUUUAGCUCGAUUAGCUAUUAUUCGUAAACAGCGAGAAGAAGCAGCUAAGAAGAAAGAGGAAGAGAAGAAAUCUAAAGAAGCUGCUCUAGCUUUAGCUUCAAAGACAAAAGGAAAAUCUUGACCAUAUCAGGGUGUACAGCAGCGUGCAUGAUGGUUGCUCUGUUUUACUCCAAUGUGCUUGGAUACAAGCUGUGCUGGCUCUUACGUGGACUGUUUCAUGGACUGGUGCCAUCUUGUGCUCUUUUUCUUUCAAGUUUUUUUAUUAGUAGUAAUUUUUUUAGCAUCUUAACUUUCACAAUCAUUUAUUGAUUUAAAAAAAAAAGGAAAAUAUUUUUAUUUUUAAAGUGUAGCGUUAAAAACAUGAAUUAUUUGUAUCCUUAACAAGUAUUUAAUUCUUGCUGUAAAGCCUCCUCAAAAUAUAUUUUUGUCAAUUGUCAUCUAUAGUUAUAUUUGUUUCAUUAACUCUAAGAUGAUUAAGAUGUGUUACAAUUUACAUUUACUUGCUGUACUGUAAAAAAAAUCAAGUUUUGAAAUAACUUCCUAAUUUUAAGAAAAUAUUUAACAUGGAACUACUUUGAAUUACUUUUUUAUACUCGCAACAGUAAUAAAUAUGAUGUGUUUAAUUUUGAAAAGUAAUUUUAAUUUAAAAAAUUUUUUUUUUUGAAAAGGUGGCUUAUUUCUGGUUUCCCAUGAAGGUCUACAUGGCGCUGGCAACCAGCAGAAAGUAUUUUUACUGAAACUGUUUUGUACCAGCCCCAUGUUUGCAUCUCUUUAUCAUGUCAAAUACAUGCACUCAUAUUGGGCUACUUUUUUUUUUAGCAAAGAGAUAUGGAUGGUUCAUUAUUUCCCAUAUUUUUCCUUACAUUUCAUGCAAUAUGGAUACCUUUGCUAAUAAAUUAAAUGUUGAUACUGA